CUCGGGUUUUCUGCGGUCACAUCCUGGCUUUGGUGAUGAAGUGAGACGGAUGCGCAGACAGUUGGUAAUGUUCUGAUUCACGCUGGGAAAGGCUGCGGAGAUACCAUAGGACCCGCGCGCGGCUUUGUUCAAUUUUCCCGGUGUUCAUAAAUCACCCGCGCCCGGCGAGUGAGGGAGCAAACGAGCGCCAAAAACGCGGAGAGAGGCCACAGCGGCGGCAGCGGCCAUUGCAGAGGAAGUGUAGGGACCUGGGCCACAUCUCUUUGUGACUCAUUACUCUGAACGAUUUAUGGGGAACAGCAGCCAUGAAUAUUAGACUUGGGGAUAAGGAAAUAGUAACAAUAAUAACCAUAAUAAUUACAAUACUUCUAAGCAUUGCAGGGGGGCGUGGUGGAUGGUGACAUAGCUGUUCUUUCUGGGGAGAUGUUAAGUGGCAACGUGCAGAGUAGCUAAGCCCCAACUUGCUCAGGGUCCCGGCAGGAGCCCCAAGGCUAGGGGGCACUCCCUUUGGGGGCAUAGCGGGCAAAGCUGAACAAGAGAGAGGCUCCCAGCAUGGAUUCUGAGUCCCAAGUGCCUGAUGGAGGGUGAGGGCUGCAGGUCGAGGUGAUGGCAGAGGGCAGCUAGCUGCUGGUUUUGGGCCACUUGUUCAAUGCACUAGGGGGCCCUGAAGCCUGAGGGUCAGGGGACUUGUCAGCUAUUUGGUAGCCUCUCUUGGCGCUAUCAGCAGGAUUGCAUGGAUGCCGAACAGCCAUCAAGGGUUGGUUUGGGGCUGGUUGGAGUGUGGGGAGGCUAUGCGGGUUUGGGUGAAUGGGGUCGUAGCGAGGGGUGGGUCUGUGGAAGCAACUCGCCCUGCAGAGUCCCAGCCCAGAGGGAACUUCUCCAAGCCGGAGCCCAUCCGGGAGGAUGAGGAUUCUUUGCCCCUUCCUCAGUGUCUUCCCGCCACCCCCGAGUUUGCUGACCACCGUUUGCUAGUUAAAGAGCAAGAGAGGGUUGCAAAUAUCUUGAGAGGUGAGGUGGCAGCAGAAUUAGGGUGUCUAGAGGCUUGUCACUGAACAAGGCAAGGCUGGACAGCCCCCCCCCCCCAUAUCCAGUAUUGUCCCAUGUUCAUGUCUUUCCCAGUUUCCUCCUAUUUCUAGCAGCCAAACUUGGCCUGCUGUGAGGGACUGGACGCUGCGGUAGUCCUGCCAGCCCACUGGGACGGAGAAGUGAUGCGCCCAGGGCUUGAAUGAACCAGAAGACAAAACCUCUCAAGGCUGUCCCUGGCCCAUGGGCUGAGCUGGGGUCUGAUUUCGCGCCAAACAGAAAUGAACAUCGUUAGUGAGGUUCCAGGAGAGUCCGUGAUUGAAUGCUCCCAGACAAGGCUUCCCUUUGUUAGCAAAAGAAAAUAAAGCUUGCAUUCACAUCCCCCAAGUUGAGGUGCGUGAGGAGCUCUCUUAGUUGAGUCGGCACCAACAGCAAAGCCCUUUCUACCUUCCUAUCUUGCUCCGCCUCGUCCAUUUUCUUCCUCCUUCCCCCCUUCCCACCCCCUAUAUAAAGAAAGAAAAAGAAGAGUGUGGGUGCGGAGAUGGAGUAUAUAUUUAUUUUACAAAAAUAAAUCACCAUCUUCAGGCCAUUUGUAGACUGGAAUCUUUCGAGCAAUGAGUGCGCCGCAUGGACGAAUGCCCUGGCGACUCCUCCGUGUCCGCGUCACCCGGGGGGCCACCCUGGCGUCCGCGCCGACCGCGCUUCCAACUCCGCUUCUCCAACUCCCUUCCUUCGCAGCCGCCGUUCACCCUCUGCUGUUUAUUUGUCCGCAGAGCGCCUGGUCACCGGAGAAGGCGAUUCCCUGAGCUCCUGGAGUUGGAGAAAAUUUGGGGUUCAGUCUUAAACAUCUUUCGAGAACCCGAAUGCAAACAUCCCUGGUGGCCAAGGACCAGGGAAGACGAUUGUAGCUGCCAGGGAGCACUCACUGCAUCUGAACCAAUGUGUCCCCACGGAGAGCCACAAGGAGAAGAAGGAGAGGAAAAGAAAAAGAAAAGGAGAGAAACAAGCGCCUUCUGCCUCCCUGCUGUUAACUUCCAACAGACUUCCUGGAAAUCAGAAAUACUCACCGCACCCGAGCGUUACGGUUCAUCAAUCAAGACCUCGACGCUUUCACACUCGACACUGAUUCCUCCUCCUUUUGAGCAGACCAUUCCCAGCCUGAACCCAGGCAGUCACCCUCGCCACGGCGCUGGCGGCCGCCCCAAGCCGAGCCCCGCGGGCAGCCGCGGCAGCCCAGUGCCCGCCGGCGCCCUGCAGCCUCCCGAGUACCCCUGGAUGAAGGAGAAGAAGGCGGCCAAGAAAACCGCGCUGCCGCCCGCCUCGGCCGCCGCCGCCGCCACCGGCCCUGCCUGCCUCAGCCACAAAGAAUCCCUGGAAAUCGCCGAUGGCAGCGGAGGGGGCUCCCGGCGCCUGAGAACUGCUUACACCAACACGCAGCUUUUGGAGCUGGAGAAAGAAUUUCACUUCAACAAGUACCUUUGCAGACCCCGGAGGGUGGAAAUCGCAGCGCUGCUGGAUUUGACUGAGAGACAAGUGAAAGUGUGGUUUCAGAACCGGAGGAUGAAGCACAAGAGGCAGACUCAGUGCAAGGAGAACCAAAACGGCGAAGGGAAAUUUAAAAGCCUGGAAGACUCUGAGAAAGUGGAGGAGGACGAGGAAGAGAAGUCGCUCUUUGAGCAAGCCCUCAGCGUCUCCGGGGCCCUUCUGGAGAGGGAAGGUUACACUUUUCAGCAAAAUGCCCUCUCUCAGCAGCAGGCUCCCAAUGGACACAAUGGCGACUCCCAAAGUUUCCCAGUUUCGCCUUUAACCAGCAAUGAGAAAAAUCUGAAACAUUUUCAGCACCAGUCACCCACUGUUCCUAACUGCUUGUCAACAAUGGGCCAGAACUGUGGCUCUGGCCUAAACAAUGACAGUCCCGAGGCCCUCGAGGUCCCCUCUUUGCAGGACUUUAACGUUUUUUCCACAGAUUCCUGCCUGCAGCUUUCAGAUGCAGUCUCACCCAGUUUGCCAGGUUCCCUCGACAGUCCCGUAGAUAUUUCAGCUGACAGCUUUGACUUUUUUACAGACACACUCACCACAAUCGACUUGCAGCAUCUGAAUUACUAAAAACAUUAAAGCAAAACAAAGCAUCACAAAACAAAAACCCCUGUGACCAGGUGGUUUUGCCUUCUUUUAUUCUGAGAGUUGAUUUUUUAUUUUACUUUCUUCUUGACCUACCCUCUUCCCUCCUCUAAAUGUUGAAGAGUUUCUGUUUAGUGAUUCCCCUGACCCAGUUGCUGAGGCAUCUUUUACAGAUUAUUUUGGAGUUCUAGUUGCUUUAAAUCUAAUUCAACAAUCCUCUAUGUGAUUUACCGAAAGCAAUAUAUGAGGCCUGCAAGAAAGUGAUCAUAUAAUUGUAUUUUCACUUUCUUUUUAUUUUUGUAUUACAUUAGGAUGCAUUGUCAUGCGUAUUUUUGGUAGAAUAAAUUCUCCUUUGCUAUAAGUAGCUUUCUUAUUUUUUCUCCCCCUCUUUCUCAAGGCUCCUAACGGUUUCUUUUUCUUCUUUUAGUCUAACUUGGUAAAUAAAAUUCUGGUCACGA